AUGGAUGGCCCUGCCCGCCAUGACAGCAUUCCUCCGGCUGUCGAUGACUCCCUUCCCACCCCUGAUGACCCGACAAACCCCGAGUCGAGUCAGCACCACACCCUCAAGUACCAUCUUUUAGGCCCAUCUCUCACGAAACCUGGUCAAGAUGAUGUCGACCAGAAAAAGGUCUCGGAGAUUAUCUACGAAGCGUCCAAAGGUAGCAAAUUCUUUCUCCAAGAAGAGCAAAAGGACAAGAACUUGACCAUCAAGAUCAACCGUAUUCUCGCGAAGAAACGUCAACUCGAUCGCCUCGACCUAAGCCACGACUUGCGCAAGGCAGAUGAAUACGUACAGAAGCUCGAGCUCACUCGCGAUCUGACCCAGGUCAUCGUCCACGUCGAUUGCGACGCUUUCUACGCCGCUGUUGAGGAGCUUGACCGUCCCGACCUGAAAGAUGUGCCAUUCGCCGUCGGAAAAGGCGUCUUGACAACAUGUAACUACCAUGCGAGAAAGCACGGCUGUCGCAGUGGUAUGGCUGGUUAUAUCGCCGACAAGCUCUGUCCCCAGCUCAUCCACAUUUCGCCCAACUUUGAAAAAUACUCGGCGAAAGCAAAAGAGAUUCGUGCUAUUUUGGUCAAAUAUGACGCCAGAUUCGAAGCCGCAAGUGUUGACGAGGCAUACCUCAACAUAACCGGGUACUGCGAAGAACACAAUAUGAGUCCUGAAGAUGUCGUACAACAGCUGCGUGCAGAGGUCCAUCAGGAAUGUCUGAUCACUGUAUCGGCUGGCAUCGCGGCGAAUGCGAAACUCGCAAAAAUUUGUUCCAACAAGAACAAACCCAACGGCCAAUUCAUUCUGCCUUCGGAUCGUGCCAGUAUCAUGUCAUUCAUGAAGGAUCUGCCCACACGUAAGGUGAACGGCAUUGGCAGAGUUUUUGAACGUGAGCUCGACGCUAUAGGUGUCAAAACAUGUGGCGACAUAUAUGCGCAGCGUGCUUACAUGUCCAAACUCUUUGGCGAGAAAGCUUUUCAAUUCCUCAUGGGCGUAUACCUUGGACUAGGCAGAACGAACGUUCAGCCAGCAGAAGAGUACGAGCGUAAGAGUGUUGGCACGGAAAGUACUUUCAAGGAAAUGUCGGACCCUCAGCAACUUCGCGACAUGCUUCGACAUGUUGCGGAAGAGCUGGAAAAAGACUGCGAGAGAACCCAGUUCAAAGGCAGGACCCUAGUUCUCAAAGUGAAGUUGCACACAUACGAGAUCCUAACUCGCCAGAUUGCCCCACCAAAAGCUGUGCAUCAAGCUGAUGACCUCUACAAAUUCGCCUUACCUAUGCUCGUCAAGCUGGAAAAAGACAUUCCGAAAUUUACCUUGCGCCUUAUGGGACUGAGGCUCACAUCGCUAGUCAGUAUGAAGAAGAGCAACAUUGAUACUUUCUUUACGCCAAAACCGCAAUCUGCAGCAAGAAAGCCAUUCGUUCCUGCUGGGGACGAAUGGGAGCAAUGGCCUGACUCGGAAUUUGAAGAAGCCGCUCGCCAAGAGAAGCAGGAUGACUUGGAUACCCUAGAAAAAAUGAGUCAGGAGUACAUAGAAGAGUACAAUAAUACUCCGAAACCACCAGCGGGUGGGCACGCAGGUACAAUAAUAGAAAGUGUGCCUGCAGCGACUUCUGAGGAUACAGAAAAAGAGAAAGAGGGAGACGAGAAAGAAGAAACAUGGAGCUGCCCUAUUUGUAGUCAGCCACAAUCUGCUGAUGCCGUGCUCUUCAACCAACAUAUCGAUGGAUGCUUGUCGAAGCAGACGAUCAAGGAGAUUGUUCGUGAAAAUGCAUCGCCAUCUCAUUCACCACAGGAGAAAGCUCCUAUGCCGGGACAGGGCAAGAAGAGAGGUCGACCAAAGGCGUCGGACCCACAACCGAAGCGGCCCAAAAGCGCCUUCUUCUCUCGUUGA